AUGUCGGUUCCAUACAAGAUCCAGGCCAGCCAGGAGCUGCUCGUUGGUAGCAGCAAUGCAGGCAAAGCCAGCGACAGGAUCCCAGUGAUCGCCCGUCCAUUCGUUUCCGAACGUGCUCUUAAGACAUUGGACAUUGUCGAGAAGUUCGUCGAGGAAGAAUGUAUCCCUGCCGACCCCGUAUAUGCCCAGCAGAUUGGUCAGACCACAGAGGAGCGAUUCGCAGCCCACCCACAAGUGAUUGAGGAUCUCAAGAAGAGGGCAAAGGAGCUGGGGCUAUGGAACAUGUUCUUGCCCAAGAACCACUUCAAGGAGGGUGCUGGAUUCAGCAACUUGGAAUACGGCCUCAUGGCUGAGUACCUUGGAAAGAGUCACACUGCCUCAGAGGCCACCAACUGUGCUGCCCCAGAUACUGGAAACAUGGAGGUGUUCGCCAAGUACGGCACACAAAAGCAGAAGGACAGAUGGCUCAAGCCACUUCUUGAGGGCAAGAUCCGCAGUGCUUUCCUCAUGACCGAGCCCGAUGUCGCCUCCUCAGACGCCACCAACAUUGGUUUGGACAUGAGGAGAGAGGGCAACGAGUACGUCCUCAAUGGUCAGAAGUGGUGGUCUUCUGGAGCUGGUGACAAGCGCUGUGAGAUCUACAUCGUCAUGGCCAAGUCCAACCCUCAGGAGAAGAGCCCAUACAAGCAGCAGUCUGUCAUCUUCGUUCCCCACGACACUCCUGGCAUCACUAUCCACCGCAUGUUGUCAGUCUUCGGUUUCGAUGAUGCUCCUCACGGUCACGGACACAUUACCUUCAACAACGUCCGCGUCCCAGCAGAGAACAUGUGUCUCGGUGAGGGACGUGGUUUCGAGGUCAUCCAGGGCCGUCUCGGACCCGGACGUAUCCAUCACGCUAUGCGUAGCAUUGGUGCUGCUGAGCGUGCUCUUGAGUGGAUGCUCGCGCGCCUCAACGACCCACGCAAGACUCCUUUCGGCAAGCAGCUGAGUGAGCACGGUGUGAUGCUGACCCGCGUCGCCGAGGCUCGUGUCGACAUUGACGCUGCCCGUCUUGUCGUCUGCAACGCUGCAAUCAUGAUCGACACCAAGGACGCCAAGUACGCGCUCAAGGAGAUUGCUCAAGCGAAGAUCUUCGUCCCUAAGAUCGCACUCAAGAUCAUCGAUGAUGCUAUUCAGGCAUACGGCGGUGCUGGUGUAUCACAAGAGACUCCGCUCGCCAACAUGUGGGCACACGGUCGUACGAUGAGAAUUGUCGACGGUCCGGAUGAGGUGCACUUGUUGCAGAUGGGCAGGAACGAGAACAAGAGGGGUAAGGCCUGUCUCGCCAAGAUUGAGGCGCAGAAGGCGAAGACUGCGGAGAUGUGCAGAGCAUAUGGAUUUGAGAACAGAGAUAUCUUGCAGCUUGGAAGACAGGCAAGCAAGGCAAAGUUGUAG